GCCUCCUCCCUGCCAGGGGUACAACACCCCAGCUGUCAGGCCCUGACAGAAGGCUAAGCAUUGACAAAGGGUCAGGUAACCACCACAAGCGGUCAGCGGUCAGCGGGCAGCGGGCAGCGGGCGGAGCUGGAGGGGGAGCCCAUCCACAGACCUCACCUCUGACACCGCCUGGGCCAGCCGAGAAAUGCUCCGCACUCUGACCUCCGCCAGUGUGGCCCUGGGGCCCCGGGUGGCAGGCUGGGUGCGCACCAUGGCCUCUCACCAGCUGCUGGUGACCCCCCCAGGGGCUCUGCUCAAGCCCCUGUCCGUGCCCAGCCGGCUCCUGCUGGGGCCCGGCCCCUCCAACCUGGCUCCACGCGUCCUGGCGGCCGGGGGACUGCAGAUGAUCGGCCACAUGCACAAGGAGAUGUACCAGAUAAUGGAUGAGAUCAAGCAAGGCAUCCAGUACGUGUUCCAGACCAGGAACCGCCUCACGCUGGCCAUCAGCGGCUCUGGGCACUCUGCCCUGGAGGCUGCCCUGUUCAACCUCCUGGAGCCUGGGGACUCCUUCCUGGUUGGGGUCAACGGCAUUUGGGGACAGCGGGCAGCCGAGAUCGGGGAGCGCAUAGGAGCCCGCACGCACCAGAUGAUCAAGGACCCUGGAGGCCACUACACAAAGCAGGAGGUGGAGGAGGGCCUGGCCCAGCACAAGCCGGUGCUGCUGUUCCUGACCCAUGGGGAGUCCUCCAGCGGCGUGCUGCAGCCCCUGGAUGGCUAUGGGGAGCUCUGCCACAGGUACCAGUGCCUGCUCCUGGUGGACACUGUGGCAUCCCUGGGCGGGGCCCCCAUCCACAUGGAUCAGCAAGGCAUCGACGUCUUGUACUCGGGUUCCCAGAAGGUCCUGAAUUCCCCUCCGGGCACCGCCCUCAUCUCCUUCAGUGACAAGGCCAAAAAUAAGAUCUACAGCCGGAAGACGAAGCCCUACUCCUUCUACCUGGAUAUGAAGUGGCUGGCCAACUUCUGGGGCUGUGACGACAAGCCCAGGAUGUACCAUCACACAACCCCCGUCAUCAGCUUGUUCAGCCUGAGAGAGAGCCUGGCCCUCAUCGCAGAAGAGGGCCUGGAGAACAGCUGGCGACGGCACCGGGAUGUCACCGCUUACCUGCACGGGCGCCUUCAAGGGCUGGGCCUGCAGCUCUUCGUGAAGGAUCCCACGCUCCGGCUGCCCACCGUCACCACGAUUGCCGUGCCCGCUGGCUACGACUGGAGAGACAUCGUCAAGUACCUCAUAGACCACUUCUCCAUCGAAAUCACGGGCGGCCUGGGGCCCUCCUUGGGGAAGGUGCUACGGAUCGGCCUCCUGGGCUGCAACGCCACCCGGGAGAACGUGGACCGAGUGAUUGAGGCCCUACAGGAGGCCCUGCAGCGCUGCCCCCGGAACAAGCUAUGACUUGGGCACCAGGCCCUGCCCUUGGGCCCGGGGGCAGGAUAGGCCCCAGCCCCAAGUGGCCCUUCUCCUUCCUAGUAGAACUCCCUGGAAAUGGCCCUUUGGGCUCAGGAUCCUCAGCUUCUCAGCUCCUCCCAACUGAGCUGCAGUCCCCAGGUCACUGGCCUUCUGAGAAUACUCAAUAAAGAACAGGUGGCCAUCCAUCCUCACUGUAUGGGCUGGGCUGCGGAAGAGUCUGGCAGGAAGGCACUGCUGCACCUUUGUUGGGGGGAGCUCACAGCAGACCCUCGCUUAGGGCUUCCCUGGGGCUAGAAGAUGGGGUGUGCAGGGGCCCCAGAUCUCACACCUGCAAAACACAUGGUCACACACUGCCUUCAGGGGAGCUCACAGCCGCAGGGUGACCCGUGACCUGAGUUGAGGGUGAAGGCAGAAAGCCUAGAGCACACAGCUGGGACCUGAGCCUGGGAACCUGGCCCGCAGGCCAGCGCAGGCACCGAGUCUGAGGGGCCUCUGCCCGGACCCGCCAGCAGACCCUCCAACGUGCAGCUGAGGGUGGCCUGGAGCCCCGGCCUCCCCACUCCUUGGUUUGGCUCUUGGACCUUCUGUCCACUCACUCUGCCCUCACUUGGACCGAGCCCCCUCAGCCUCUCCCUAAUUGGAAGUUUCAGACUAGGCCCACCUCUGACCUACUCUGGAGCAGGGUAUGCUCUGGGCAGUCAGAGCCAUGCCCACAUUACCUGGUCCUCACUGGUCCUCACUGGUCCUCACUGGCUCUGCCCCUGUCACUCACCCAGGGCACUGGGGUAGGGCCCUGAGCAGAUCAGAGGCCAUCCACCCCCAGUGCUUUGGGCCCAGGAGAGACAGGCACUAGUGGGACACUCACAUGACAGCUAUGGUCAGCACAGGACCUGUGAGGGCCAGAGGGUCUGAAGUCCAGAAAGCAAAGGUAGGGAUGGGUGCAUUUCCAGAAGAGGCCGGAAAGCUUGGGGGCCCGAACACACAGGGCCCUGCAGGUCACCUUCACGACGUUGGCCUUUGUCCUGAGGGCAGCCCUGUCUUGGUGGGGCUUCCCCAGAAGCAGACAAGCACCAUCCAGUGGCAGGUCCCCUGAGCUCCCCAUCCAGUCCGUGCCCCACCUCCCACUGAUCUCCAUCACCGCCGAUCAGUUUUGUGACUGGAGUUCAUAUAAAUGGAACCACACAGUA